AUGGCCUCUGCAUGCACCAGCUGCAAAAAGUCGCCGCCGGAGGUCCACCUCAAGCGGUGCGCAAAAUGCUCCACGACCCGGUACUGCUCUAGGGACUGCCAAAAGGCAGACUGGAAGGCCCACAAGAAGAUUUGUGGCAGACAAGCCGACGCCACGACAUCGUUUUCAGAUGGGCCUGCAACCGCAAAUUUAUCGCCUCCGAAGGGGUUGGAACAAGGUGUCGCCUGCCCCUUCACUCGCCUUGAUAAUGGCACUUGGCUCCAUGACCGAUCGGAGAAGGAUGUCUAUGGGCUGCUCAUUGACGCUUACCGCUUACGCGUGGAGGACAUGUACAACAUGGAAGGCGAGGCGGACACAGACAGCAUCUAUGGCGGCGCUGCCGACGGGUUGCGUGGCUUCCAGCACUUUCUGGAGCGCGUCGUGGCUUGUCCUGGUCUGCUGCCACCGUGGUGGGAUGCCAAGAAGAAGAGGGAUUGCGAGCUACUUGGUAUGACUCCGUCGCAGUGGUACGACCUGCGAAGCGCUGUGCAUAAGAGCGACAUCAUUGAGAACUACGGCGACUCUCAAUUCCCGAUGCAGUUCGCAUGUUUGCCGAGGCAGUGUACGGUCAAGCUCCGGGGGGGACAAAUGGGACGGCAAUGA